AUGGCCACGACCAAGGCGGGCACUUCUGCCCGGCUCGCAAAGUUGAGGCAACUGAUGGAGGAGCGAAAGGUUCACGUCUACAUCAUCCCGUCCGAGGAUAGCCAUAGCUCCGAGUACAUCGCCGAAUGUGACGCCCGUCGUGAGUUCAUCUCGGGCUUCACCGGCUCCGCUGGCUGUGCCGUCGUCACCCUGCAAGCCGCUGCCUUGGCCACCGAUGGCCGAUACUUCAAUCAGGCGGCCAAGGAGCUGGACGACAACUGGACCCUGCUCAAGCAAGGGCUCCAGGACGUCCCGACGUGGCAGGAGUGGGCGGCCGAACAGGCGGCAGGCGGCAAGACGGUCGCCGUCGACCCAACCCUGCUCCCCGGCCCCGCGGCCAAGACGCUCGCCGAUCAGAUACGCAAGGCUGGCGGCCAUGACCUGCUGCCCCUCGAUGAAAAUCUCGUCGAUGUGGUUUGGGCCGACGGACGACCGUCCCGUUCCCGCCAACCCGUCACCGUCCUCCCCGACGAAGUCGCCGGAAAAUCUGUGAGGAGCAAGAUCGCCGACCUCCAGCAAGAACUGGCCAAGAAGAGCUGCCCGGGCUUCUUCGUCUCGAUGUUGGACGAAGUCGCCUGGCUCUUCAACCUCCGUGGCAGUGACAUCCCCUACAAUCCCGUGUUCUUCUCCUACGCCAUCGUCACCCCGAACGCCGCCGUGCUCUACAUUGAUGAAUCCAAGCUCAACAAGACGAGCAUCGCCCAUCUGACGGCCAAUGACGUCCAGGUCAAGCCCUACGAUGCCUUCUUCGCCGACAUUCACUCGGAUUACAAAGCGAAGAAUGAGCCGUCGGCGAAGGCCACUCCUUCGAGCUUCCUCAUGUCGAACAGGGGGUCCUGGGCUCUGCACCGUGCUCUCGGAGGCGAGGGCUCCGUGGAGGAGACUCGGAGUCCUGUCGGUGACGCCAAGGCCAUCAAGAACGACGUCGAGUUGGAGGGCUUCCGCGCCUGCCACGUCAGGGAUGGCGCUGCUUUGAUCGAGUACUUUGCUUGGCUCGAGGACCAGCUCGUCGCCCAAAAGGCUACCUUGGACGAGGUCCAGGCGGCCGACAAGCUGGAAGAAUUGCGGUCCAAGAAACAGCACUUUGUUGGCUUGUCCUUCCCCACCAUCUCCUCGACUGGUCCCAACGCCGCCAUCAUUCACUACCAACCUGAAAAGGGAAAGUGUGCGACCAUCGACCCGGCGAGCGUGUACCUUUGCGACUCUGGAGCGCAAUAUUUGGACGGCACAACCGAUACGACCCGGACGCUGCACUUUGGCAACCCUACGGAGGCGGAGAAGGAGGCAUACACUCUUGUUCUCAAGGGUGUCAUUUCUCUCGACACCGCCGUUUUCCCCAAGGGAACGACUGGCUUUGCCCUGGAUUGCCUGGCGCGCCAGCACCUCUGGAAAACCGGCUUGGACUACCGACACGGCACCGGCCAUGGCGUCGGUUCCUAUCUGAACGUUCACGAGGGGCCCAUCGGCAUCGGCACUCGUAUCCAGUACACCGAGGUUCCCCUGGCGCCCGGCAAUGUCCUGUCCAACGAACCGGGGUACUACAAGGACGGCCACUUUGGAAUCCGGAUCGAGAACAUCAUGAUGGUCAAGGAAGUCAAGACGGAGCAGUGUUUCGGGGACAAGCCAUUCCUCGGCUUUGAACACGUGACGAUGGUGCCAUACUGCCAGAGGAUGAUCAACACGAGCCUGUUGACGAGCGUGGAGAAGAAGUGGAUCAACGAGUACAACGCAGAGGUGCUGGAGAAGACGAAGGGGUUCUUUGCGGAUGACAAGUUGACAACGGCAUGGCUCGUCCGAGAAACGCAGCCAAUCGCUUGA